UACAUUCUCUUCUUAUUUUCUCCUCAAACUCAGCUUGGAAACCAGAACUUAACUGCCAAUGUGCCGGAGGUAAAUGCUUCACAGACACACAGUCAAACCACAGCAGAAGCCUCUUCUUCGUGCCUUCCUUCUGUGGUACCUUUUAGUCGAACCACUUUUUCACCAGAUGGUGGCUCCAGCCCAGCAUCACUGUCCCUACCUCCACCUGCUGACUUGUGGCCUUCACACCCGCACAGACUCCUGCCCCCUUCCCUCUGUGUAUAUAAACCCCCUCUCCUCGCUCCCAAGUGCCUUAUCGAGGGCACCACCACAGGCGCUCUCACUACAGACUCCUCUCAGGGCAAGCAGUCCUCCUGCUCCUCCUCAAGCAUGUCCUCCCCAGCCCUCCCAGAUGAGUUGCAGAUGGCUGACUCUGACACCGCUGACCGCUCUGAAACACCUUCCCCCACCUUAGAUCAGGGGUCUGCUGUGACAGAUGGCACCACCUUAAUCACCCCUGCUGCCAUGCAUAGCCAGAUAACAGUGAAUGGAAACUCUGGAGUUGCUGUGAGUCCAAUGAGUUACUAUCAAAGGCCGUUUUCCCCAUCCGCUUACUCUCUACCGGGUUCAUUCAAUUCCAGCCUUACCAUGCAUCAUGGCCGGUCACUUGACUCCACAGAGACAUAUCCUCAGCAUGUGCAGUCCCUGGACAGCUCAAUACCACUGUACAGAUCGUCAGAGGAAGAGAAGAGAGUGACGGUCAUCAAAGCCCCACAUUACCCAGGGAUUGGGCCUGUUGAUGAAUCUGGAAUCCCCACGGCCAUUAGAACGACAGUUGACAGACCGAAGGACUGGUAUAAGACAAUGUUUAAGCAAAUUCACAUGGUGCACAAGCCUGAUGAUGACACAGACAUGUAUAAUACUCCUUAUACCUAUAAUGCAGGCCUAUACAACUCACCCUAUAGUGCUCAGUCACAUCCUGCAGCGAAGACCCAGACCUACAGACCCCUGUCCAAAAGUCACUCUGACAACGGCCCAGAUGUCUUUAAGGAUGCCUCCUCCCCGGUCCCGCCCCCACAUGUUCCUCCUCCAGUUCCUCCACUUCAACCCAGAUAUCGGUCUUCAACGGAAAAGCAUGACUGGGAUCCUCCAGACAGAAAAGUGGACACAAGAAAAUUUCGUUCCGAGCCAAGGAGUAUUUUUGAAUAUGAACCUGGGAAGUCGUCAAUUCUACAGCAUGAAAGACCAGUUAUCAAGCCUCAAGUUUGCUGAUUGAUUGUCAAUCUAAUGGAUCAAGACUAUAUUUAACUUUGCAGUAU